AUGAAACGUAUCGAGAAGGCUCAUAGACACGAAUGUGGUUUUCGUCUUGAACCAUUUACUACUGAAGUAGCCAGUAAAUAUUACACAGAUUUUGAAAUUCUCGAUGUACCUGGUCUAGUUAGUGGUGAUCUAGGUGUUAAUAAACGAGCAGCCGUCGAACGUAUUAGAGAACAUUAUGUACGUGAUCCAAGUGUUAUUAUUGUACAACUCAAAGAAGCUCAACAAUUAGCUGAUAAUACAUAUGGAGCAAGACGUAUUGGUGAACUAUGUACUAGUGAACCAGCUCUUCAAGGUUCGAAAUUUCCUGCUCGGAAGGAUUAUGCUCAACAUACAAUUACCAUUCAAACUAAAUUCGAUGCACUCAUGCGUGAACAUGAUAAAUGUACGGCAGCUAAUGAAGAUAUUCGAACACGAAGAUACAAAUUAUCUGAUCAUUCAUAUGGAGAAAAUGUUGAAUAUAUUGCUCGAUUACCAGAAUUAGAAAAACAGGAAGUUGACGAUUGGAUCAAUCAUAUGAAUUUGAAGGCAGUAGGAAACGAUUCCAAAUAUCAACUAUUUAAUCAAAACUAUCAUCCUUUGAGUGGAAUCGAUGUUGUACGAAAAAAAAUUCAAGAAUUAUGGUUACGAGCAUUUCGUGCUGCUCUACCAGGAUUACAAGACACAAUCAAUCGACUUAUUCGAAAAUAUUCAGAUGAAUUUGAAACAGAAUUAUUUAAUCUUGAACAACAAGAUCCACGUACUGUACGUAAUAAUUAUCAAAAGUAUAUUGAAGCAUUUCGAGUAACUAUUAGUGACUAUGCAGCUUACCGAGCUGAAGUUAAUGAGUUGUUUCCAUUAGAUGAAUAUGGGCGAACUUAUCAAGAAAUUGAAAAUGAAUAUAAUAAUUGGAAUCGUAAACAACUACUUACAUGGUGUGCUUAUUUGUCUGCUGAACAAUUAAAACACAAUUCAAAUGGACAAAUAUUAGCUGCACUUGAUUUACGUUAUAUUGGUGCUCGACAUUUUGAACGUUUACGACAAGUAAGAUAA